UUUUAUCAUUAAGUGAACACUCUGAUAGAAUAUAUCAAUCGAGAAUUGAAUUAAUCAAUAAUGGAAAUUCACACAUCAGAUAGUCCAAAAAGAAGCAAUUGCCACGAACCUGGAUGUAAUGAAACCUUGAAAACGUUCUCAUCUUCAGAUCAAGGCCUAUUGAAAAUCAGCGGGUCUGCAGAACCGGAAGGGAAUAGCAUUCAAUCUUUUACAGGCUAUCGAAAAUGUAAACUGAAAAAAGAGAAUUUGCUACUUAUUCUCACUGUGACAGGUGUCUGUUUUGGAAUUGUCGUUGGAUUUUCUGUUAGAACCACAAACCCGUCUGAUGACGCAAUCAUACUCAUCUCAUUCCCAGGAGAAGUAUUCAUGAGACUACUGAAAAUGUUGAUUGUGCCGGUUGUUAUUACCAGUAUUGUAACAGGACUAGUCAGCAUGGAUCUGAAGAGAGGGGGGAGAAUGGGACUUCAUGCAAUGGCAUAUUAUCUCACCACAACAGCAAUAGCUUCUAUACUCGGAAUUAUUCUGGUGACAUCCAUCUGCCCUGGGGUUACGACGAAGCAUUCUUCUAGCGUUCAAUCGCUACAAUAUGAGGUUUCAUCAAUUGAUGCUUACCUCGAUGUAAUGAGGAAUAUGUUUCCAGACAAUAUCAUCACCGCAUGCUUUGAAAUGACUAAAACCAAAGUAGUCAAGCAUGGCGGUGAUGCAACGUUGGCGAAUCUUACUGUCAAUACGGAACUGAACGGAACCACCCAGUUCAAUUUAACAAAUGCUACUCACAUUGAUAUUACCAGAACACAAGAGCGAAAACAUGGGACCAACGUAUUAGGUCUAAUCGUGUUUUGCAUCGCUUUCGGAAUAACGCUAUCAAGCCUUGGAAACGAGGGUCGUCCGGUUGCCAGAUUUAUCACCGUUUUAAACGAAAUUUUCAUGAGAAUGAUGACUGUAGUAAUAUGGACGUCGCCAAUUGGAAUUGCGAGUUUGAUAGCCAACAAAAUUUUGGAAAUGGACAGCUUUGAAGAGGUCGGGAAGUCGCUUGGAAUGUACCUAGUGACUGUUAUAGUCGGUUUGAUUAUCCAUGCAUUUAUUAUCUUACCGUUCAUAUACUGGUGCGUUACAAGAAGGAAUGCAUUUCGAAUUGCAUACGGAGUGAUUCAGGCGAUGCUGACAGCCUUUGGAACGUCUUCCAGCGUUGCUACUCUUCCUGUUACAAUGAAAUGCAUGGAAAACAACUUAAACAUAGACCGUCGAGUGACGCAGUUUGUUUUACCCAUCGGCGCGACAAUAAACAUGGAUGGUGCUGCACUACAUGAGGCAGUGGCCGCUAUAACUGUCGCACAAAUGUACGACAUACCACUUUCGUUUGGACAAAUUAUUGUGGUCAGUAUCACUGCAACAUUAGCAAGUAUUGGAGCUGCAUCUGUACCAAGCGCUGGUUUAAUUGCUUUACUGCUGGUGUUGGAGGCAGUUGGUCUUCCCACUGAAGCUGUGGCAAUAUUUUGGUCCAUUGAUUGGUUUCUAGAUAGAUUACGUACCCCUGUCAACGUGUUUGGGGAUUGUGUUGGUGCAGCAAUCGUAUAUUACAAGAAUAUAAAACAGUUGCACAAGUUGAACGGCAUUAGAGAUGCGCAUAGCAACGGUCCAACAGAGUUGUCGCCAUUGCAAAACGGCCGAGUUAAAGAAGAGACCUUUUAACCGCGCAAUAUGGACAGAAUUCUGUGAAACUGCAAGUGUCAAUGGAUAAAACGAUUACUCAAUGAAUUGAAUGAGAAAACAAUUUUUAUAUAUAUCAAAAUCAUUCCACGUCACCAAUUGUGUGGGAUAAAGCCGACAAAUAUUAGUAAGGCGGCAUAUAUAUAUAU